UGUAGGACUUUGAAGCCAAUUCUUAGUAAGGUAUCCAAAUAAAAAAAUGUUUCACUUUUGCAUGAGGUUCAAUCUCAAUGCCACUAUCAACUCUUACAGUGAUUGAUGUCUAAUGUGAUUUGGAGGUGGCCAGAAAUAUUUGGGAUGACAUGAUGAAAAACCAAUUUUAUGUGGUAACAUCUCAUUGUGUGAAGAAACACAUGCUUUACUGUAUCUGUCUAUUUUAGUGUUGAUGCCUCAUAUAGAAUGCAGUAACCUCUUUUUAAUAACUUUCUUUUAUGGCAGGUGAUUGACGAGUUGGAUCAAAAUAUACAUUUUGUUGAAACUGAUAUUGAGGAAAAUCCGGAAAUAGCAGAAGCAGCUGGUAUUAUGGGUACACCAUGUGUUCAAUUUUUCAAAAACAAGGAAAAUUUGAGGUUGUUUUUCUUCUAUACUCCUGGUGCUAGUCCAACUGUCAAAUCUGGUUCAAAAGGAAAGCGCCAUCAUUUGAUACUGACUAAAACCCUUGAGUGGACCUUAAAUUGGUGCAUACUACAGAGCAUGUUUGAUAGGCAAACACUUAAACUGAUAGAGGUGACUACAAGCGAUAAGCUGGAGAGUUUUCAUGCAGUAAAAAAGGUCCUCAAGGGUCAUAUUGCACUUGGGAAUGCCCAAUUUCCUAAUGGAACCAAUGGUAAUGCCCUAGACAUUCUUGCUUGAGUUCCACUAUAGAAAAAUGGUCUUGAUUAUCGGCAUGGUACAGGCCACGGAAUUGGGUCUUACCUUAAUGUUCAUGAAGGUAUCAAAUCGGUCUUCGUUAUAGUGGAGGUGCCCCGUAUGCUUUUAAUGCUGUCACUAUAGUUUGGCAUUAUACCAAUUGUGGUGCCAAUUGGUGUUCGAGAUUUUGACAUUAAUGGGGAACUUUGGGUCAAAUUAGGAUUGAUACCAACAGAGCCUUUUGUAGGAGUUGUAAUAUUCUCUAGAUUUUAUUCAUAAAACACUUGUACAUUUUUCUCUUGCUAAUUCAUAUUUAGUUUUUAGUUUUUC